GCUGUGUGUGUGUGUGUGUGUUAACCGGCAACAACAAAAGCUUAAUUAAAAGGGCAAGCAGCAGUUAAUAGCAAUUUAUGCCAUACUGAGCACAAUGGCCACGCCGCAUGUUUGCUUUGCGGAUGAACUGCAGCCGGCGCAGCGCAAGACGAAGAAGUGGCUGCUUGAGCUGGAGCCAGCGGGCUCGCCUCGCACGCGCAGCAGCAGCAGCUUGAGCAUUUCACCAACGCCGCGCUUUGAACGUAAUCUCAGCUUCUUUCAGCAGCUCAGUCGCCGCUUCGGCCUGAGGUCAAGCGAUGACCUAGUUGAGGCAGCGGCGGUGGCAGCGGCAGCUGCAGCGACUGCUGCACAGGAAGAGGAUGCAAAUAGUUCAUCGACCGAUUCGUACUCGGCGCGCAAUCGACUGGAGUUGACCAGCUGCGCCAGCAGCGAAACCAGCAGCACCAUUGACAUCGAAGAGCAGCAGGCAGAGCAGUCGGCAGAGCAGCAGCAGCAGCCGCAACUGAAACGCAAAUGCUCGGGCUUUAGCAGAAUGCAGCGACGUUCGACAAGUUCGCUGCGACGCGCCUUCGAAAGUUUGACGUUGACUUCACGUUCGCUAAGCUGCAGCGUUCCAAGCCCAGCACCAGCAGCAACAGCAACAGCAGCAGCACCACCAACAGCGCCGCUGCCACUUAAGUCUGCACUAAAGUCACGCUCGACUGUUGAGUUACGCCCACAAGCGCAGCCGGCCACACAUCGCUUGGCCAGCAAAUGCAACAGCAGCUCAAGCUGCAGCUCCAGCUCCUCCAACUCGAGCAAAGCGAAGCCUGCGCCGCAGCGCAUUCUGCGUCAGCCUGUCAGCUAUACAUAUCUCAAAGGCAUGUCGGGUCUGCCCACGCAGCGUGUGCCCCGCAGCUCGGUCUGCUGUCAAUACGCCAGACGCUGAAAGCCUCGCCAAACGCAUUUCAAUCACUUAACAAUAGCGCUAAACGUUUGUUAAUUGAGUAGCAGUUCCCCCCACCCCCCAAUACCCCUUCCUAGUAGAGAACAGUUCGCCUGU